UCUAGUCUUAGUAAACUUGUUCUCUAAUAAUCUUUAAUUGCAGCUCAUUAAAACAGGCCAAAACUGUUAGUGUCAUGUCACAACCUGCCAUAAUUGUUCAAUGAACAGUUAUAAAUAUGAGUGAUGCAACUAAUUUGAUAGAUGUUUCAGUAAUAGUUGGCAGGUUUGCGAAACAAGCAGAAUAGGCCUGUUUGGUCAGGAAAAAAACAAAAGGUCAAAGGUCAGUAUUUUGAGUAUUUAUUUAUUUUUAUUUUUACGAAUUAGUGAACGAUUCAAUGUCACAAUAAUCCUUAACUUUUCGCAACCUACUGUCGUAACGCUGUAAUUUGCUGAAAAGGCCACUGAACGAAUCUUUUAGUUAAAUGAAUCUCCUAGUCCACACGUAGUUUAACAUUUAAACAUGCUUUUGGAUAGAAUCUCGUAUUUCUAGCUUUCUAGCACUGAGUUAAAUGAGUCUGUUUUCACGUUGCUUUGGUAACGGCUGUUGUAGGCGUGCAGUCACCCGUCCCAGUAAAGGAAUCAAGACAUAAUCUAUGUUUAGGCUUUAUUUUUUAACUCCCUCAAUGUUAAGUUUAGUCUUUGGUUUUACGUUUUUUACUUCAGCUUGUCGAUGUCGUCGUGAAAAUCCAGUUCACGCUUUUGUUUACUUUUCGAUAAUCACCGGAUGGGUUUGAUUUGAAUAUUAUAUAUCAUACGGAUGAAACGCUUUAUUUUCAAUACAUCGCCUAUUUUAAGCACCUUCUACCUAUUAAAACAUUUGAAUUCAAGUAUUUUAAGCAGUUCCUCUGUUUCUUGAGAAUGAAGAGGACUCCAGAGAUCAACAUGUGCUAGCAUGAACAAGAUAAUGACUGAACACACAUACUCUUUUGACAGGCAUCACUCAACAUCUCCAGCUGGGGAAACUACAUCAGACACUAAUGUCAUACUUGUCCCACAGCUGGAAACAGUUUUCAGCAGAGCAGCCAGGAUCAUCCAGCGAGCAUGGAGGGCACAUGUUGAUACUGCUGUUUUUAAGCACCUCAAGAAACUAGUGAGCUUUCAUAAUCAAGGGGAUCCACGUCUCCUUCUUAAAUUUAUUAACCCUGCAGAGGCUAAUAUUCUGGAUGCUGCUUCAGGGGCGCUUAUCCGAUUCAGACUGGGUGGGCCAACCUAUCCUCCAAACAUCUACUUUAAAAUAUACACUCGUGCACCCAUUGUGGAUAUGUGUGCCUCCAGUCCUAAAGAUUACACACAGCUAAAGAAACCUGCUCCAAGCCAGAUUCAUAAUGGCCGACUGAUGAUCAAAGAUAGGGACGAUCACUCUGGGUGGUACCAGCGGGUAGAGAACAAUGGCUGGAGGAUUUUGUCUUGCAAGAUUUCCGUGUUUGAAGACCCAAUAACUCAAGAUACCAAUGUUAAGAAGAUACAAUUCCAUCACUGCAAAAUUCGUCGGCGCCAAGAUGUUGCAAGAAAAAAAAAGAUUCGGAAAAUUGAAUGGAUGAGAAAAAUGUAUGCUGAGGGUCUCCUGCAUGCUGAUACAGAACACAGCAAAACAGCUCUACUGGGGCAAAAAUCCACAGAGUUGAUGGAUUCUUUUGAACAGAUUGGACUGGAUUCAGCUUCUGAGCAGGAAGUGGAUGAGCUGCUCGCAUGGACCAAAGCUCUCAAUUUUGAGGAGUAUAUCAAUGAUUGGAGGAAUUUGGGUACCAGCAAAUGCUGCAUAUUUAUCAAAGAUAGGCUGUCGGAUAGUGACCAGAAGGACCUUGCUUGUGUCUCUGUGCGUGAUAUUUGUGAGAUUCCUCAGAUCAGUCCGGAUUCAGUGGUCCAGUCCGUUGGUUAGACAACAUCUGGAUCACAUCUGAGGCAGGAAUGUAUCAUGCAGCUCUAGUAAUAUUUUGCACAAUAUGAUGUAUUAAUUUGAAUAAAUAAAGCAGGUCUUGUGUUUCGACUGGUUUUGUGUGGUCACUGG